AUGGCUUAUGGCAGAAGCAGAACCUCUUCUGUUUUGGAUGGGUUCACUCUGAAUCCCCUGCCAUAUCCCGUUCUGUUAAUCUUAUCACUCAUCUUCCUCUUCUUUGCCAUUUCAUGGUACUUUUCCUAUGAAGAAGUUGUUGAAACUGCUGAAGAACAAUUUGGCUGGGUACUAUUUGCUACCCCAGUGGUGCUAAUACUCAUAGUUCGUUGGUUAUCUUCUAUGGAGAAUUCAGAGUGGUUCUCUGCUUCGUUACCGUGGGAGAGUCGCUGGAGAACCCACCAAGGCCCUUCAGAAGGAAGCUCUCCAUGGGGUGUGGCUGCUUUGAUCCUGGUGUUGCUUAUAAUGGCUCAAUACCAAUCCAACUUUCUUAAUAGCUGGUUUGCAUGA